AUGAACAAUCCGAGUUCUCUCAGCUGCAGGCAGCUCUGCAGGUCAGUGCCAGCACACAGUGCGAAAGGAAAAAGGAUGGAAGAAGGAGACGCUGUCAAGGAAAGAGUGCUCAUUACUGGAGGAGCAGGUUAUUUUGGCUUCCGUUUAGGUUGUGCCAUACAUCAAAAGGGAGUCGAUGUGAUCCUCUUUGAUGUUGUGAAGCCACUUCAAACCGUGCCAGAGGGAAUAAAGUUCGUGCAGGGGGAUAUCUGUUGCCUGUCUGAAGUGGAAGAAGCUCUCAGAGAUGUAAUCUGCAUAUUCCAUAUCGCUUCCUAUGGCAUGUCUGGCAGGGAGCAGCUGAACCAAAAACUGAUAGAAGAAGUUAACGUGAAAGGAACAGAAAAUGUCAUCCAGGCCUGCAAGAGCAGGGGAGUGUCGAGCCUGGUUUAUACAAGUACCUACAACGUGGUAUUUGGAGGCCAGAUUAUAGAAAAUGGGGACGAGUCCCUGCCUUACCUACCUCUGCACCUUCACCCUGAUCACUACUCCCGAACGAAAUCUUUAGCUGAAAUGAAGGUGCUGGAGGCAAACGGUGCUGAGCUGGGAAAUGGGAGAGGUGUCCUGAGGACCUGUGCUCUCCGCCCAGCAGGGAUCUACGGGCCUGGGGAGCAGAGACACCUCCCAAGAAUAGUCAGCUACAUUGAAAGGGGACUGUUUAAAUUUGUGUAUGGAGACCCUCUGAGUCUGGUAGAGUUUGUACACGUGGACAACCUGGUCCAGGCUCAUGUCCUUGCCUCCGAGGCCCUCAGAGCCAGCAAGCAGCACAUUGCUGCAGGCCAGGCCUAUUUUAUUUCCGAUGGCAGGCCUGUAAAUAACUUUGAAUUUUUCCGACCGCUAGUGGAAGGUUUGGGUUACAGGUUCCCAAGCCGACGCCUUCCCCUCUCCCUGGUCUAUUUUUUUGCAUUCCUUACUGAAAUAGUUCAUUUUCUUGUAGGGCGCAUUUAUAACUUCCAGCCCCUCCUCACUCGCACGGAGGUUUACAAAACUGGUGUCACGCAUUAUUUCAGCAUGGAGAAGGCCAGGAAGGAGCUGGGCUAUGAGCCCCAGCAGUACAGCCUGGAUGAAGUGGUGGAGUGGUUUAGAUCCCAAGGAUGUGGACCAAAGCCAGGGAAUUACUCCACGAUGUCCCUGGUCAGGGAUGGAGCUCUGCUUUUGGUGCUGAUUGCUGUGCUGGUCUCCUGGUUUCCAUCUGCAGCAACAUUUUCACUCUGA